GUGCCGUGAGGGGCCGCCAUAGCCGCGGCCAUGGCGCCGCCCGCGCCGGCCCCCUCACGCGUCUUCGCCGAGCUCGACCUGGCCCCGUCCCCGGUCCCGGAGGGACGCGUCGGGACCCCUGUGCUGCCCGGGCGGGAGGUGCAUGUGAGCGGCAGCGCGGAGCUGAGCGCCCGCCCGGACCGGGCACGGGUGUCGAUGCGGCUCGGCAGCCGCAAGGAGGCGGCCGCGGAGGCGCGGAGCAGCGUGUCCCGCCGGCUGCAGUACAUCGCCCACAGCGCCCGCCUGCGCGGCAUCCCGGAAGAAAAUAUGACUGUAACAGAAGAUUUUAGCAGAGUAGAAAAUACUUACCAAAUGGAAGCAGAGGUCUGUAUCAUAUUCAGUGAUUUUGGAAAAAUGCAGAAUGUUUGCAAUCUACUCACUGAAAAGUUAGGAACCUCUGUUACCAUCAGUCCACCUCAUUUCUACCAUACACCAGAAGCCAUAGACACCCUUCGCCGUCAAGUGUGUGUCACUGCCGUUGGAAACACGCGCCGGAAAGCCCAGGAAGUAUGUCGACUAUUUGGCCAGGCAUUGGGAAAGCCUUUAUUGAUAAAAGAAGAAGAAACAAAAGAAUGGGGAGGCCACAUAGACAGUCACCUGUCACACUCUGCUGAUUCACAGACUCUGCAGGAAAGAAUCCAGAAUGCUACUGCUUAUGCUUCUUGUAGAGUGUUUGCUGUGUUCGAGAUAAAGGGAAAAGAAAACAGGAGAAGCAAGUUGCUCUAGAAACCUUCAAAUCCUAUGCAUUUCCUUAAUAAAAUUUUUAUGCUUUCUUGUGCUUUUUGAUGUUUUUUACUUCAUACUUACGUUAAGUCCAUACCUUAAAAUUAAGGUUACAGUUAAUUCUCAAAGUACGGUUCUUAUACAGCUGCUUAUUUUUGUCCCCUGCUCCCUGUAAAACA